GGGCUCGAUUGCUCGAACCCAGACCGGCCAAACCCUAGCUCGCUGGCUGGAUCGGCGCCGUCGCCGGCUCGUCCCCACUUCGUUUCCCCUUCUCCUCGUCGGCUCCCCGUCCUGUCGUCUCCCAUCUAGAGCGGCGGCUCGGCUCCCGCGCCGCAUCCCCCUCGCCGGCGCCCCUGCCCCCUCCCAGUCCGCGGGAUCGGCUCGGUCCCCGCGCUUCCCGAUCAUUCUCCUCAGGUACUACCCGCCAUUCUUCCUGCCAGAGGCUUCGCUUCGGCAAUCGGCAUCGCGACUCGCGAGUCGCAGAGCGAGAAGAGAGAUAGCCAUGACCCUUUUGCGAUUUCGCCGGUUCAAGAUAAAACUCUUCGAUUCUUUUCAUCGAAUCUGGCUAAUCACAUCAAAGCCGAUGUCAUGGAAAACUUUAUUACUCCGUACUGAAAUUAAAAAAAAAAUUGUAUCUGCACAAUCCACUCUUCGUGCACAAUUAGUUCUGAAGGAUCCAUAACAGACUACGCGAAUCGCUCGUGGAAUCUGAACCUGCCAUGGCGCCCUGCUCUCCUUUCAGAAGCGGACUCCACCAGGCAUGGGGAACUCGACUCUCACCGACAUGACGCUGCUGCCGGGCGUCGAGCCGAUCGUGGCUGGCCUGGCCGCCGGCCCCUCCUCCCCGGGCCAGGAGGGCAAGGCAAAGAAGAAGCCCAUGAAGUCCCUCUACCUCAGGUUCUUCGAAACCGCGCUCGACGGCAAGUCCCGCAUCUGCAGGCUUUGCAGGAAGAGCUACUGCAUGACCACCGCCACGGGGAAUUUGGGAAAGCAUCUUAAUAACCGCCACCCUGGUUAUCACCAACUUCCUGAGGGCGUCAGCUUCACUAACCAGAGUACCAUAGAGGCUACCAUGCUUAAUAGAAGCAGGAAACCUCAUGUUCCUGUGCGAGCUCGGGCCCAAGCUCAGCCUCAAGUUCAAUCUCAAUCUCAAGUUCAAGAUCAAGCUCAACCUAAACUACGGUCUCAACCUAAAACGAAAGCAACUGUUGAUAUUGACCAUGUCAACUGGUUACUUCUUAGGUGGCUUAUCAGUGCCUCCCUUCCACCUUCUACUCUCGAAGAUAAUAUGCUUAUUGAUAGCUGCAAGUACCUGAGCUCGUCUGUCAGGCUCUGGCCAAAAGAAAAGGUUCAAGAAGUUAUCAUUGAAGUCUUCAGAAGUAUGAAGGAGGACGUCAAGGAAACUCUGCAAUGUAUCACUUCCCGGCUCUCUGUUACUCUGGACUUUUGGACUUCGUACGAGAAAAUAGUAUACAUGUCCGUCAAAUGCCAUUGGAUUGAUGAAAACUGGGUCUCACAGAAUGUUCUACUUGAUGUGUGUAGAAUCCCAUACCCAUCCACUGGUUCUGAGGUUUUUCAAGUUCUAAUGGAUGUCUUGGUGAUGUAUAACAUCGAUUCAAGAAUCCUUGCUUGCACACACAAUAACAGCCAACACUCAAUACAUGCUUGUCAUGAGCUCGCACGGCAGCUUAAGACCCGUAACCUCCCAUUCUGUUACAUUCCUUGUGCUGCUAGAACACUGAAGACCAUCAUUGAAGCAGGACUGGAAAAUGUGAAACCAAUUUUGUCCAAGAUCCGCGAGUUUAUUCUUCACAUCCAUUCAAACCAGGAGAUGAUGGAGGAUUUUAAGCACUGGACUGAAGUUUAUCAAGAAGGUUCAUGGAAACUCCCCUUUGACCAUUCAGCAAAUUGGAACAGUGAUUAUAAUAUGCUUGAUGUGGUAAAGAAGGCUCCUAACGCAAUAGAGAACACCAUCAAGAAGGUUGAAGAGAUCUUCGUACCAAGGGAUUGGGUUCUGACUACUGCAGAGAAGUCAGUGAUCGAUGUGUUGCACUCAUACCUUGAACCAUUCUUCAAAACUACUACAAACCUUUGUAAUUGCAAGCUACCAACUCUUGGGCUCGUCUUCUUCUUCAUGGACCAUGUCUUCGAGUUGAUCAAUCUGUGUCAUGGCAGCAGCCACCAAGAAUGGCUCAAGAACAUUGCCGGUGACAUGUCCAAGACAACUCAAAAGUUCACAUCUGAAGCUUACAACAUCUUCACCUUCACAGCCGCAAUUCUUGAUCCAAGGAUCAAGGGAGAGCUCAUCCCUGAAACUCUGAACUCCACGAGCAACUUGGACGAUGUAAGAAACCAUUUUGUCCGGGACUACAGCAGCACCUUCCAAGCUGUUGGAAAUGGUCAUGGCGCUCAGGACACCACAGAGGAUGCUGGUGCGUUCGCCUUUGCUGAAGAGAUUAUUCGCAAAAGGCGCCGGGUGAGCAUGACCACUGCUGAUGAUGAGCUCUCGCAGUAUCUCGCAGAGCCCCCCGCACCGAUUUCCACUGAUGCCCUUGAGUGGUGGAGGGGGCAUUCCUCCCGCUAUCCACGUCUCUCCCUGAUGGCCCGAGACUUUUUGGCAAUUCAGGGGACCUCAUUGGAUCCUGAAGAACUGUUCACAAGUAAAGGGGACAACAUCCACAAGCAGCAGUACUGCCUCCCUCUUAGUAGCAUGCAGGCUAUAGUAUGCAUAAAGUCAUGGAUGCAAAGUGGGUACCAGUUCAAUUUUCAGUCGACUAUCAUAGAUUUUGAGAGAUUGGUCGAAUCAGCUACUGCUCCUGAUGAUAUCGAUAGUUCUGGCCUUCACAGCUAAAUGCAUAUUCAGCAAAUCAAGGAUCCCAGAAUAGUUCUUUGGUUUCUGUUUUUUCUUCUUUUUUCUAGGUGCUCAUGUAAAUAGUCCUUAGAACUUGUGAAUGCGACUUCUAUUGCUGUCCCCUGCAAAAUCCCAGGGUCAGAACUGCAGCGAGCAGCUUGUCCUUGCAUAACUAUGACACUUCAGAAUCAUGUACUCAUUGUGGUAGUGACCAAUCUUGUAGCCGCAACUUAUUUCUGCUUCUUGAAGAGGCCAUGCCGUCAUACCAAAAGGAAACUUUGCUUAGUCUUGACAUUUUAUUUUCUGGUAUACUAGUCCUGUAUCUCUAGCCUUGUAGCAAUGAUGCUUUUUGCAGUUCACUUCA